AUGUUCGACAGCUCGCAGUACCCCUAUAACUGCUUCAAUGACGACGCCGACGACUACCCUGCUUGCAGCUCCGACGAGGAGAAGCGGCUCACGCGGCCCGCGUACAGCUACAUCGCUCUGAUCGCCAUGGCCAUCCAGCAGAGCCCCGCAGGCAGGGUGACCCUGUCGGGCAUCUACGACUUCAUCAUGCGCAAGUUCCCUUACUACCGCGCCAAUCAGCGCGCCUGGCAGAACUCCAUCCGCCACAACCUGUCGCUCAACAGCUGCUUCGUCAAGGUGCCACGGACCGAGGGCCACGAGAAAGGGAAAGGCAAUUACUGGACGUUUGCAGGCGGCUGCGAGUCCCUCCUGGACCUCUUUGAGAAUGGCAACUUCCGUCGGCGACGCAGGAGACGCGGCCUCAAGCGCGAGGAGCCCCCUGGCCCCCCAGAACCAGAGAUGCGCGGGUCCCCCAAGAGCAAUGGCAUCCCGUGCGGGGAGCCUCCGGCUCCUGCCAGCCCUGUUGGCGCCCACAGAGACAUCAAAUUCAGCAUCGAUUACAUCCUCUCCUCCCCCAACCCCUUUCCCACGCUCAGGUCGCCCUGUCUCACGCAGGAGGCCCGAGGCCCCCCGCUGGAGCCCCAGACAAUGAGCCUCCAUUUUUGGGCUGCAUAA